AUGAAUCUGAUUGGAACUAGCCGAACUGCCAGAUGGUUGAAAGAAGCAACAUUGACUACUGAGCAUGCUCUGAACGAUCGCUGCGACUAUUCUCUCAUAACAGCACAAUCUAACUUUAUGCAUCAAAUGCAUACUUUGGAGAUUGAGUCGGAGGGAAUUUACGUGAAGAUUCCAUUCAAAACACCAAAAUAUUCGGCUCCAAAACCAGUUGUUUUCUGUGUUUCUCCUCAAUUCGCUGCUGAACAAUGGCAAACUUUUCUAGUUCAACUGCAUGUUUCGAAAAGAUACGGAGCACACCUGCAACUGUACGUAGUUUCUAUGGUGGAAUCAUACUUCAACUUGAUCAAAGAAUAUGAGAAACUUGGACUUGUCUCAAUUGAGCCUUGGCUUACAAUCAAGUUCCCAGUCACUGAUGGUCCAUAUCUCGAACCAAACAGAAAUGUUGAACUGAGAAAUCAAGCUGCUGCUCACACGGAUUGUUUGCUCAUGUACAAAGAAUCAGUCAGUUUUGUUGGCAUUCUGGAUAUGGAUGACAUAUUGAUUCCAACAAAUGCCAACUCUUAUUAUGAAGAGUUCGAGAGGGAAUAUGCUGGAAGUUGGGAGAUCAGUGCACUUCAUUACGACAAAUUCGACUACACUACUAUCAAAACGGGAGAAUUGAAAUCUCAAAGUAUAACCUCAAUCGUCAAAAACUCUCGGAGACUUCGAACGAAAGAUGCAGGAAAAUCGUUUCUCCGUCCAGAGAGAUUCAAUUCAACUUGGUCACACUAUUCUCGGAAUUCGGAUCGAAAACCUAUUUAUCUCAGUCCGCAUCACGAACCAAUAUUCUGGCAGAGAAAACUAGUUUCCAACAAUGGAAUAUAUCACUUGAAAAAGAUGCUCUACGUUAAUUCAACUAGCGUCCCAGGUGGAGCACUUCCAGUAAAUCCAGGGGAUAACAUCACAGCUCUGAUCAGUGAACAACAUUUGAGAGAGAUUGAUGAAGAUAUGAAAAAAAUGCUGACUCGUCCCGAAAUUGCGAAUCUGUCUGCGAGCCUUCCAAAGGACGAUUUUUACAUGGACAUUGUCUUCUCAUGUUACAACGAAUCCUUCUAUCAUAUUCGAGACACUCAAUGGCUCUAUAAUGAUAUCACUUGUGUCAAUGCAUUCAAUUGUGAAUUACCACAACGAGAAGAUAUGCCAUGUAUUCACUCUGAUGCCACGUAUCACUCCGGGCCGUCCAUGUGGCCAAUCACAUAUCAUUAUGCUACUGAUUCAUUUUUCUCGAGUGAUAUUGGUUGCUAUCAAGUUCUCAACAACCACAUCCUGGCACAAUCCGUUCCACCAGGAGACAUCCAGACCCAGCCAGGAACCAAGAUUGUCUUCAAUGCCCCUUAUGAUGACAAGCACACCUACCACAUCAAGGUGAUCAACUCUUCGGCUCAUCGUAUUGGGUAUGGAAUAAGCUAA